AUGAUUUAUCAAAUUGCACGUUUGUCGUGUUUACAAAAGAGAAACGAUAUUAGUAUUUAAUUUAUAAUUACCGGCACGCAAGAAGCGUAUCUCCGUUUAAUUAAAAUCGUGGCUGCACUCAGAUUAAUAUUGCGUGGGAGGGCUAAACUCGUUGUGCAACCGCGAACCGCAGAAACUGCGUGUAGAAUGCAUAACCGAGAUAUACAGCUGUGUGCCAAAAACGUUCGCCGAAUCCCUCUAAUGUUUAAAACAUUUCAUAUAAUUCGUCUUUGAAGAAGAUAUUAUCGGCACAAUAUUGUAAAUUGUAAUUUCCACAACUUUUUCCUUCGAGAUAGCGAUGGCUAUUUUUAAUUUUAGAAAUAGCACAAUUUCCAACUUAUCUGUCAGAAACAGUGUACAGAGAGGGAGAGAUUGUUGAAAAUACACGGAUGAGCCGCUCUUGUGCGUAUUUGUGCGUAAUUAAGCUUGUCACGCAGGUAGCUUUCAGCGAAAUUAACUUCACAGCCGGCUGCAGAUAUUAACAAAUGGAAUCGUAAAAUGUAAAUACAAGCAGCACCUGCGGCACAAUCACGAAAACCAGACCGAAUCGCUUCGUCAUGCGGAUAGCCGAUAGGAGGUUGGGAACACAACGAAUGAUAUAUUUGGUUAGAGUGUAGGGGUUGAAUUACGGCUAGCUCGCGGGAUCUGUAUCCGUCGUUGGGUCUCGAAAGCGAUUUAUCGGUGAAAAUUCAAUAUCUGAUUGCAUCGUCUUGGUUAAAUAAUUCAUACGUAGGAAUUUCGUAGACUGGGCGCAGCUUCAUAUUCUGAGCCGAUUUCGACUUUUAAAUUCUCUCCCUUAUGAAUUUCGAUCAUUCGACUAGAAAAUUUCUCCAUAAAUUUUAUAUUCUGCGUUUUGUCUUUAUGACUUUAUGACAAGAGGAAGUUCUUUGCUUAACUAAUGAGCCUCUAACGCUAACGGACCUUGCAUUCAUUUUCUUUUUUACUUACAGACUUAACUGACAGAGGAACAAAAAAAUUCGGCGACGACUGCGUGGAAGAUCGUGAAUGCGGUUUCAGUGGUUCUUACUGCGAACCAAAGAAGAGCAAAUGCGCGUGCAGGGAGGAAUUCGAGGCGACGAAUCAUAUCGACAAAUGUGGCCACCUCUCCACUGAAGUUCAACUGGAACGAGGGAUGAACGAAAGCAUACUUUUGUCAGGAUUAAAGCACUAUGGCUGUUAAUCCACUCUCCUAAUUGCGAGCCUGUGGCCAAUAUAUCGAGGGCAGUGCGGCGAAUAAUCAGUCGAUUAGAUUCGCCACAUUAACCUCUGGAUCUACACUGUCCUCCACAAAUAUGCUAACAAGCAAAUAAAUCCUUCUUACAUCCGUGAACGAUCGCUAUUGAUUCCCGGACGCAUUUCAAUCUAAUCGAACUUGAAUACACAAAUUGGAUAAUGCUGAUUUUAUAAAGUGACCGCACGAUGAUGGACAGCUGCUUAGAAAUAAUAAUAGGGCAUCAGGUCAUCGACUGACACAUCGACAAUAGACAAUAGUCUCACAGACAAUAGUCGAAACACGUCACGUUUAUAAUCUGUCUAUGAACUAAGAGUUAAAAGAGGAAAAACGAUCGACUUUAUUCGCGCUUUAAUUUACAAGUUUAUAUCGUUUAAUAUGUAUCUAUAGAUAUGGAAGGAAAGUAGGAUAAAGUAAUCUAGCUCAAGUUUCAAACGGCUGGAUCGAAGUCUGACUGGGAAUCUAAGGCAAAUCGACGAAUGAUUACUUUAACAAACUUUCUUCUUUCGGUACAAAAUAGGAAUAAUAACAAGGGGAAAGGAGGUGUUGAAAUAUUUGUACAAAUAGGUAAAAUUAUACACGGAAGUUUUAGCUUUUAAUGACUUGUAUAUUGGAUAUGUGUCAGUUACGAUAAAAGGCAAAAAAACCGUGAGAAGUUAAACUACUUCUUCGGCUCCGAAGUUAGCAAAAUAGCUUGUCAUACCAUUCAAAGCAAAUACGUUUUUGAGCAUUACCAGCACAUCGAGAAAGUUUCGACAACCUCCUCCAGCCACUCAUUUUUGAUACAUGUAUAUUUGCUUUUGUUCCCUUUUAAAUUCUGCAUAUCAGUGGCUUGCUAGAAGAACGAUGCAGUGAAGAAAAGGAAAGCAAACUUUUUUAAAAGCUACUCUACAAUAAAACGACUGAGAUAACAUCGAUCAUUUGGAAAUGAUAAAUUUUUCUCUUUUUGUCCCAAAAUUAAAAAUUCUUUAAAUAUUCUAUAAGCAUUAAAAAAAAAAAAAAAAAA